CACGCCAAAUGACCGGCCCUAAAGCUCGUUACUGAGCCAAGCUCUCCAGCUUCAACUUGGUCAUUCACCCCCAUCAUGUCUGGCUUUGACGCGAACAAUGUUUACAAUGUUUCCGUGCAUGACCCACCACCACCGACCGCGCCAGAGUCGGCUUCCGAUACGGAGAAGCUACUAUUAGACUUUUUGCUGCAGUAUCGUGUGGGAGGAGAGUUCAUUUACAGAGACAUGUUGCGCGGGAAUCUCCUUCUGAAGCAGAAUGUUCUGGAAGUCGACCUUAGGCAUGUCAGUCUCUACAACGACGAGCUGGCACACGCGAUUCAGGAUAGACCAGCGGAUGUCCUGCCACUACUUGAAAACGCUGCUACUCGUGCCGCCAAAACCAUCCUCUACCCUCUUGCUGGAACUGAUGAAGCAGUUAAUGCAGUCGCCGAGUCUAUCGAUAAAGUUCAAAUAACGCUCCGUUCCGGCCUCAAUCUCCUUCAGUUCCGUGAUCUCACCGCUAACACCAUUAACAAACUUGUACGGGUCCCAGGAAUAGUCAUUUCAGCUUCUGUCCUUUCAUCCCGAGCAACAAAGCUCCACAUCCAGUGUCGCGCGUGUCGUUCUGUCAAGACUCUAUACCCACCAGGGGGGAUUGGAGGCCUUGGGUACGGAACUGGAUCUGGAUUGCCUCGGAGAUGCGAAGAGGCGCCGCUCGACGGACAGAAGAAAGACUGCCCACUGGAUCCAUAUCUCAUCAUCCACUCAAAGUCCACCUUUGCUGACCAGCAGACACUAAAACUUCAAGAGGCACCGGACAUGGUACCCGUUGGUGACCUACCGAAACAUCUGCUUCUCUCGGCGGACAGAUACCUGACGGGGCAAGUUGUGCCGGGUUCGAGAGUUAUUGUGACCGGCAUAUACUCGACAUUCCAAGCUGCACGGGAUAAAUCUGCCGGCGCUGCGGCUACUCGCAAGCCAUACCUCCGCGUCGUCCACCUAGAAAUGUCUUCCCCCUCUGCCGCUGGUUCAGGCGGUUCCAACCCAUUUGGUGUGCAGUUCACCCCAGAGGAGGAAGAGGAGUUCAAUGAGAUGGCACGGAGUGAAGGUUUCCACGAACGAUUUGCUAAGAGCGUUGGACCCAGCAUCUAUGGGAGUCUUGACAUUAAAAAGGCCAUUACGUGUCUCUUAUUUGGAGGGUCGAAGAAAGUCCUACCGGACGGCAUGCGGCUCCGUGGUGACAUAAAUGUCUUGCUUCUUGGCGAUCCUGGUACCGCCAAGAGCCAACUGCUCAAGUUCGUGGAAAAGGUGGCACCCAUCGCUGUAUAUACGUCUGGAAAGGGUUCUAGCGCUGCUGGUCUGACGGCGUCGGUGCAGCGAGAUACUGUUUCAAGAGAAUUCUAUCUUGAAGGAGGUGCUAUGGUUCUUGCCGACACAGGUGUCGUGUGUAUAGAUGAAUUUGACAAGAUGCGGGACGAGGAUCGCGUUGCAAUCCACGAAGCUAUGGAACAACAAACCAUAUCUAUUGCCAAAGCGGGAAUCACCACAGUGCUGAACACGCGUACCAGUGUCCUUGCGGCAGCUAAUCCGGUCUUUGGUCGCUAUGACGAAGGACGAAGUCCAGGCGAAAAUAUUGAUUUCCAAACUACGAUCCUUUCUCGAUUCGAUAUGAUCUUCAUCGUGAAAGAUGAGCAUGACGAGACACGGGAUAAGACGAUUGCGAAACACGUCCUGAAUGUUCAUAUGAACAGACCUAAUCAGCUUACAGAUGAGAAUAGGGAAGGAGAAUUACCUUUGGACAAAAUGAAACGAUACAUUGCCUACUGCAAACAGAAAUGUGCACCUCGGCUAUCUCCUGAAGCCCAAGAGAUGCUCAGCAGUCAUUUCGUUAGUCUACGGAAACAAGUCCAGCAGGUGGAACAGGAUAAUGACGAGCGAAGCUCCAUACCUAUCACCGUUCGUCAACUCGAAGCGAUAAUCCGUAUAUCGGAGUCUUUGGCGAAGAUGACCCUCACGCCUGUUGUGCAGAACCAUCAUGUAGAAGAGGCUAUACGACUGUUCAAGUUUUCUACCAUGGACGCCGUGUCUGCAGGGUCGGCCGAUGGUCUUUCACGAGGAGGUCUAAACGAAGAGAUGACGCGCAUAGAGAAAGAGCUGAGAAGACGUCUACCCGUUGGGUGGCGAACAAGUUAUCAGAGUCUCAUCAAGGAGUUCGUCACGCAGCAGGGGUACUCUAGCCAUGCACUUGAGAGAACGUUGUAUAUCCUAGAGAAGCGAGAGGUGAUUCGGUUUUCUGGGCAGAAAAAGGUUGUCCACAGAGUUGGAGUAUAACCUAAUACUUGACUGGAUAGGAUGUAUGAUUAAUGUAUUUCUUGCACACUGUUUGUGUUGUUUUACCGGCGCACUAAUGUCACUGGUUGAAUGCCCCUCUAAAGAACUAGUUGGUUGUCCCAGUCAUUUAACUAGUAUUUAACGACAAUGAUGUAUAAUAUUUUCAAGCAACUAUAACUCAAAAC